GCGGAGACACCUCCGUCUGAGUGGAGCAGCGCCCCCUGUUGACGGCUCAGUGUAGCUGCAGGCCGGCCAGCCCCACUGACUCGACUCGGCGCAGCAGCAGCAACACAAACGCCAUCUUUAACUGACAGGGAGGCAAAGUGCUGAAGCAGAGUUGUGGUGAGAAACUAGGUCAGGCGCAGGGAAAGGGAAAACACGCGUCGAAAACUUGCUCCAAAAGCUUCUAGUCAGCGUUUGUUAACAUCCCCGACACAUCGUGCUGUCCUAUGGUCCAAUGUGUUUGAUCGGUCGGCCAGCUCGAACGCAGUUUUCUUGUGUCGGUCCCGGUUGACGUUGAUUGAUCGCCUUUUCUCCAGAACAGCACACGGAGGUGAAAGCCAGGAUGAAACGAGGUCUGCAAGGGAAUGAGCAGGAGGAUGGAGGUGGCACCAGCAGUGGCUCUCAGGAGACUCUUAAACGGUCCCGCAAGCAGAGGAGGGAGAAACAUUUGGAGGAGGAGGAGGAGGAGGAGGAGGAGGAGGGAGCCCGCUGGGAGUGUCUGCCACAGGAGAUCCUGCUACACAUCUUCCAGUACCUGCCUCUCCUGGAUAGGGCUCACGCUUCUCAGGUGUGCCGGGGCUGGAACCAGGCUUUUCACAUGCCAGAGCUGUGGCGGUGCUUUGAGUUCGAGUUGAAUCAGCCAGCCAGCUCCUACCUGAAGGCCACGCACCCAGACCUCAUCAAGCAGAUAAUCAAAAAGCACUCCAACCACCUGCAGUAUGUGAGCUUCAAGGUGGACAGCAGCCGAGAGUCUGCAGAGGCUGCCUGCGACAUCCUCUCUCAGCUCGUGAAUUGUUCUUUGAAAACACUCGGGCUCAUCUCCACAGCCAGGCCAAGCUUCAUGGAGCUGCCCAAGUCACACUUCAUCUCAGCUCUGACUGUGGUUUUUGUCAACUCCAAGUCCCUGUCCUCCCUGAAGAUCGAUGACACCCCUGUGGAUGACCCCUCCCUCAAAGUCCUGGUGGCCAAUAACAGUGACACCCUCAAGCUGCUGAAAAUGAGCAGUUGCCCUCAUGUUUCACCUGCAGGCAUUCUGUGUGUGGCUGAUCAGUGUCACGGCCUGAGGGAACUGGCUCUGAACUACCAUCUGCUGAGUGACGAACUUCUCAUCGCCCUCUCCUCAGAGAAGCACGUUCACCUCGAGCACCUCCGCAUCGAUGUGAUCAGCGAGAACCCUGGCCAACAGUUCCACACCAUCAAGAAGAGCAGCUGGGAUGCCAUGGUGCGCCACUCUCCCAAAUUUAAUCUGGUCAUGUACUUCUUCCUCUACGAGGAUGAGUUCGGCCCUUUCUUCCGCGAUGAAAUCCCUGUUACGCAUCUGUACUUCGGCCGCUCUGUCAGUAAAGAUGUGCUGGGCCGCGUCGGGCUCACCUGCCCGCGUCUGGUCGAGCUGGUGGUCUGCGCCAAUGGGUUGCGGCCACUGGAUGAAGAGCUGAUCCGCAUCGCCCAACGCUGCACGCAGCUGUCGGCCAUCGGCUUAGGAGAGUGUGAAGUGUCCUGCAGCGCCUUCGUAGAGUUUGUCAAGAUGUGUGGAGACAGGCUGACACAGCUGUCCAUCAUGGAGGAGGUAUUGGUCCCGGAUCACCGCUAUGGGCUGGAUGAUAUCCACUGGGAGGUGUCAAAGCAUUUGGGUCGCGUCUGGUUUCCAGACAUGAUGCCUACCUGGUAGAGCUCCCCAACAAGAUCAAAGUCGUGUCCAGGUUUUUGUUGAACUGUGUGUUGUUUUUGUGAAAGGCCCUCAUCCAGACGUAUAUGUGUUUUCUCCCAAGCAGGUUAAGAAAUUACUUCCCUUUUGAAAUUUUAUGUGAUAGAAUGUAUGAUAUAGAUUCCAAUUUCACCAUUCUGUUCCAUAUUUUUAAAAAAAUAUAUAUUUAUAUGUGUAUUUAUAUAUAAGUUAAUUUGUCCUGUCACUCAUAACAUUUAUCACCUUUUUCUCUGAGACCCUGCAGAUUGGUUAGAAACAGAUACACGGAUAUGAGUUGGCGUGAAUACUAAUCAGAAAUACAGAAAUCAUGAAUAUAACAGUUGAAGCAUUUAAUUUCAGUAAAGUAAGUUGAAAUUCAGAUACAUUCAAGUUUAAGUGUGUGGAAGUUUAAAAAAUAGGGAUGAUCACCAUUAUGAGCUAAUGUGUUUUGAUGCUAAGUUGAAAUCACCACAGCUCCCAUCUUUAAGACCCACGUAAUGACACAUGGUGACUCUACAGGAAUGAAAUAACAUUUCAUUGUGAAUGGAAAGUGAAGUGGGAGGUUGAUCACAUUACUACAGUAACACACGAGGAUUGAAUACAAACGUUUUUUGUUUUCAUGUGUCAUCUGCUCCUGCAUCCGAUCAGCGGGUCUCUGUUCGACAUUUUUGAAUGUGUUUCAUCUCAUUUAGAAUCUGAACUGCCUCUUUCUCUGUCCUCUGAUUUGCUGUGGAGAAAGCUAAAAACAGUUCAUGACCCAUUUUCUAAGGACAGCUGUUUGUAACGUGGUGAUUUCCUUUGGCCAUAAUCAUCAAAGUCUGUAUAUACUGUGUAUAUACCAGAGUGAUGUUUUGAACAUAAUUUUUGUGUAAUGUAAAGGAGCUAUAUUUGAAUAGCCUGACUCGUGUUCCUAUUGUAAAUAUCAGUGUUUUAUUGCAAUACAAAAUGGGAGGGAGAGAUUUUAAUUGUUGACGUCAUAUCUAUACAUUUAUCCCACUGAUGCACUUUUAUUCUGAUGAAGGACCCUAGUUAAGCUAAAUGAGUUGCAAAUGAGUUCUACAGCAAAAUCAUGGUGACUGUUGAUCAGUAAAUCUGCCAAUUCUACGAGUCACCUUUGAUAGUAAAUUAAUUAGCUUUUCAUGGAGUUAUUUUUCAUUUCAUUUACAAAUAAUUUUGGGACAUUUCUUGGACAAACCAAACUUCAUUUUUUGCACAAUAGUUUACCUUAGAGAGAGAUGUUGUGGCUUUGCAUUUGUGAAAUAUAUUUUAGAUGUAGGCCUGCAACAGUAGAUUUCUAUGGGAUAACAAUUCUCUUGGAAAAUCUCACGGCUUUACACAGUUGCACACUAUUAGUUGCCAUGAAUUCCUUAAAUGUUAUGUCCUGACAGAUGUAGAGCUUGAUAUAAACUUAAAUUAUUUUUUUCAUCUCUUUAUACAAUAGAUGAGCAAAAUGUAUAUGGUAUACUGAAAACUGGCCUGCUGCUGCAAUUUUGAGUUUAAUGUACUUAAAGUUGCAAACAAAGAGGGUUGCCCCAUGGAGAGCUCUCUAAUUGAUGGGCAGGUCUUUCAAUACAUACAAAAUGUAUUGUUAAUGUGUAGUCAGAUGUUAUUAGCACCCACUGUCCAUAGCGAACAAUGAUGUUUGCGCCCAACAUUUCCUGGGUGCAUAUAUCAUUUGAGUGUUAACCACAUAAUUCUGUUGCCUAUAUUUAACCAGACUAUGGCAGAAAACUAUAAAUAAUCAGUCAUCUAAGUCUAAAAGUAACCCAUCAGUCAUGAACACCUCUGCACUUUGCAACACAUCACCUGUUGUCGAUACAAAUAGCUAAAUAGCUGCCGUAUGACUAUUCUCACUUAGGUGCAAGAAGACACUCCGUAACGUUGGCAACUUAGGCUGUUAAAAGUUUGUGAACAUCAGCAGAGAAAAGAUUAACAAUUUCAAUUAUCAUCAGCUGACAAACACAUAAUAUACAUAUUUCCUGUUGAUGAAUUUAUCUCAAAAAUGGAUUGUAACAUAAUUAAGGAUUGAGUAUUUAAAUGCAAGUACAGGGCUGCACAAUUAUGACCAAAGCAGUUUCUCAGGCUGUCAUACGAAAACAAUUGGCCGGCCUACAGUAAGGACUAUUAGAACAUCUUAAAUUGAUGGUGGUCUUUUGUAUUAAGUCCUGGAUCAUUAACCAGCUGUCUUAUGCUUCAAGUAUUUGAGAUUUAUUCUGAACUUGGAAAAACUGCCUUUAGUUUUUGUGCACCAAGCACCAAAACAUUCUCAAGAUUGACACACUCACUACUCCUGGACAAUUCAAGAGGAUCUUAAAACAUUUAAUCUUGGUGUGCAGCUGUUUUCACUGAAUACUGUUCUUUUUAAAUGUUAAACUCUGCUGAGGGAAACUUCACUGAUUUUCUAGACUGGGAAAAAAAAAGGUUUGAAUUGAAUUUGUCUGUUGCUUAAAAACAAAUUCAGCAGCAUCAUCAAUUUGCUUAUUUGAAUGUGGAGAUGCGUGUCAAUGUAAUCCACAACAGAGAAAACCCUGAUCUUAGUGAGGUCAUCGUGCAGCCCUGAAGACAGGACUAUGUGGCAGCUGAAUGUUGAUAUACCUGAAUGUGUAAGAAUGAAAUAUUAAUGUCUCACUAUUGUUUUGUUGCAAUAGAGUGAAUGGAUGAUAUUGAGAUGUGUUAAGGUGGACUUAUCAAGGAUGUUGUGUCCUGUGGACUUGUUGAAACGUGACACCCUUGGACUGUGCAAUGAAAGAAACUUGUAAAUCACUAUCUUCAGUUAAGUAAUGGUUUAUUGUUUUGCAGGGUCUAUUUUUGUCCCAUUGUGUAUUUGUAUGUAAAUGUUCAUUGUAAAAAAAAACAAAAAACAAAACGCUACUUCAGAGUAUGUUGUUCUUCAGUUGUUGCCCUCUUAUUGGGACCCAUCAUGUCUUAUUUAGACAUUUCUGAAGAUCAGCACGGCCUGGCAAUGGACUUUAUCCUUUACUGACUUACAGUACAUUUUAUCAUGUAUUUAUAACACCAUGCCAUCUGCUGGUUAAUAUUAACAGAAUAUGUAUGUAUUCAGUGCUUAUAGAUGAUUAAUGUAAUGUUCAAUGAUAUGCCAAGUAAAGGCAGCAGUUUGUUUUUGUUUUCUUUAGCGAAUACAGUGACAGUGUGUUUGUAUUUAGUUAAACAAGGAAGGAAUCCUCUUGUACUUGUACCUUGCAAAGUCAUGUAAUAUUUGAGUGAAGUCCAUAGCCACAUUUAAAAAGCCUGUUUUAAAUUUGUUUUUCAUGUCUCAAUUAUAAAGAUAACAGUUGCUUUAAUUA